GGGGAAGCUCAUUCACCACUGCCAGACCCUCAGUUAUUAUCACUGGGAGGAAGAAAAUAAACCGGCUUAAUUGUGACCACGCUGACCCCAAAACGACACAGGAGAACAAAUGAAGAGCAGCAUCAGAGGGAAAGUAAUGAAACGUCAUUCAACAACACUUUGUCUCCGUUCCUUUGGUCAGGUUAUAUCAGAAACUGGCACAGUGGAAAUCUGGUCGUCUUCUGGAAAUAGGCCCUUCCAGAAGCUUGGUGACGUCAGGGCUACUUCCAGGGCUUCUCAUCAAGCUACUGUAGCCGUGUACAUGCCUGAUGAAGAUGCUGUUCUUCAGGAUUCUGUCGCCGAGGAGGACGCAGAGAACGACACUCAGACUGAGGAGGACUGCUCAGAGAAGACCAGUCCCAAAGUGUCUGAGGACAGGGAGCUAGACAACAAGAGCACUAACACUUACAGCAACCAGAACUCUCCCAUUAGUAUCCUUUCCAAUCAGGAGGCAGAGUUGGAGUCGCGCCUUAGCGACAGCAGUGACAGGCUCUCAGACUUCAAAACCUCCUCGCCACCUGAGAGCCAAAGGGAGGAGGGAAGUCGCAGCUCCAGACAUAAAGAAGAGACAGGCAGCAGCUUGGACAAAAUGAGGGCAGCCUAUGCAAACUUUCUCUCUGAUUCAUACUGGACGGGGAUAGGGAUGGACUUGAAAAUGGGCAAAAACACCAGCAAAGCCAACUGUGACAGCACCAAUGGAAGCACCAAGAGUGAGUUCGACUGGCACCAGGAUGCGCUCUCCAAGACCUUGCAGCAGACACUCUCCCCAAAGCCUGCGUCCAAACCCAACCUCUUCAGCUCCGUCCACCUGUACAGGCAAACCACCAAACCCUGUGGCUCCGUGUUCACAGGAGCCAGCCGAUUUCGCUGUAAGGACUGUAGCGCUGCAUAUGACACUCUUGUGGAGCUCACUGUCCACAUGAACAAGAGUGGACACUACCAGGACAACAACCACAGCAAACAGAAUGAUCGAAGCAAGAAGUGGUCCAAGCCACGCAAGCGUUCACUGCUGGAGAUGGAAGGGAAGGAAGAUGCCCAGAAAGUUUUGAAAUGCAUGUACUGUGGCCACUCUUUUGACUCGCUCCAGGAUUUGAGCGUCCAUAUGAUUAAAACUAAGCAUUACCAAAAAGUGCCUUUGAAAGAGCCGAUCCCAGUAAUCACACCCAAACUGUUACCACCAGCAAAGAAGCGGGCCUUCGAAACGGUAAGACCUUGUUCCCCUGACUCUACAACUGGUGUAUCUGGCUACACUGAGGCACAACGGGCCGCAUCAAUUUCAAAUGCAAAUAAUAACCGAUAUGGCUAUCAGAAUGGAGCUAGUUACACUUGGCAGUUUGAGACGUGCAAAUCUCAGAUUCUUAAAUGCAUGGAGUGUGGAAGCUCCCAUGACACCCUUCAGCAACUCACCACACAUAUGAUGGUUACUGGACACUUCAUCAAAGUCACAAACUCAGCCUCCAAAAAAGGUAAACAGUUAGCACUUGACCCCCUGGCCAUAGAGAAGAUCCAAGGUUUAGCUGAGCCUGCUGCCAGCGACACCGAGGGAGAAAAGGUGACUCCAAAAAAUUCUUCCCCCGGUAGCAGUGAGAAAGAAGGCCAGGGGGAAGGCACAUCAGAGAAAAUGGAAGAAACUGAAGCUAAAGAAGACAAGCAAGACAGUGAGGAUCAAAAGGCAGGCAAUGGGGCUUUUAAGUACCCUUAUCUCCGCGAGGAGGAUCUUGAACAGGACUCGGGUGGAGGAGGGGACAUUCUUAAGUCUUUAGCCAACACAGUGGCCUCUGCCAUCAAUAAAGCUCAAACAGGGACACCGAGCUGGAGCGCCUACCCGAGCAUUCACGCUGCCUAUCAACUCUCCGGCAUCAUCAAAAGCGCCCCUCUCUCUGCAUCUCCACCUGCACAGCUAAAGCAGACAUUUAACCACAAACUGAGACCGAUUGCGCCAAAGGCGAAGUUUUACCACAGUGCUGUGGGAGUUGAAGCUUCCCAGGGACAGCAUCAAAAUGUGGACAUCAAAAAAGAGAAGGCCGGCGUUAGCGAUGGUAAAGAAAUUCAGAAUAUUAGGUUUGAUCUGGUGGAGAAUGAUGACAGCGAUUGUCAGGAUGAUUCCUCUUCCUCUUCAAAGCUUGAUGCUGACUGUGUGAAUGAGGGGAGUGAAGCGAUCAAAGGGAAGUUGAGCCCACAUUUCUCUGACAGAGGCAAGACGCCGAGCCCCUCUGCCAGCAACGGACGCAGCGCUGCUUCAGAGCCUCUCACUGACAUUCCAGAUGUACUUGGCAUAAACCCUCUCAGUGCGCUGCAGUCCGUUCUGAACAAUCACCUGGGCAAAGCAAACAAGCCCAGUAACUCAAAGGUAGAUAAACUCUCUGCUCGUGCCCAAUCUGUUUUUGCUGAUAUCAACCGUAGCAGUGAGAAACCUGCUUUGAUGCUUGGAAAUCCUGUAAAAAAUAGACCUGAUAAUACCUUUCUUUUUGUUAGUGAUGACCAACCGAUAGACCUGACGAAAUCUAAACACAGCAAGCCAAGUCCGUCACUACUACAGCCGUCCACCCCGAUGCCACAGAAAUAUGCUCUGUCUGACAUAGCCGACAUGGUUAAAGUUCUUCCAAAAGCCACGACACCAAAACCCUCCAUACCAUCGCGAAUCCCGACUAUGAAACUGGAAUCGGACGUCAGGCGCUUUGAGGACGUGUCCGCCGAGGUGUACUCGGUCCACAAGCGUAAAGGUAGACAGUCAAACUGGAACCCUCGCCAUCUUCUCAUCCUCCAAGCUCAGUUUGCCUCCAGCCUCUUCCAGACCUCUGAGGGAAAGUACUUGCUCUCAGACCUCGGCCCUCAGGAACGGAUGCACAUCUCCAAGUUCACUGGAUUGUCCAUGACCACCAUAAGCCAUUGGUUAGCAAAUGUAAAAUACCAACUUCGGAAAACCGGAGGGACCAAGUUUCUGAAGAACAUGGACACGGGUCACCCCGUCUUCUACUGCAAUGACUGCGCUUCCCAGUUUAGGUCACCGACCGCAUUCAUUUCCCAUCUGGAGUCCCAUCUCGGGUUCCAAAUCAAAGACAUGUGCAAAAUGCCGCUAGAGCACCAGACGAAGGUAGAGGAGCCGGAACUGUCGAAGGUCCUCAGUGUCAGAGCCACAGAAGCUCUAGUCACAGAAGAGGACAUUGACUCAAAGUUCAAAUGUAAGCUCUGCUGUCGGACAUUUGCCAGUAAUCACGCAGUCAAACUCCACUUGAGUAAAACUCACAGCAAAUCACCUGACAACCAUUCACAAUAUGUAGAAAUGGACAAGGAGUAGUUCUUCACAUUGCCGCUUCUUUCCUUUUCUUCCUUUUUUAUUUUAAUACAAGGGUCAGCUAUUUCAACCAUUUUUAUUGUGUAGUGUGCAUCAUUUAAAACAUUUCGUGGAGUACAGCGAAGACACACUGGUUAGAAACUGUAUAAGGAAACACUAAGAGAUACUUUUGCACCCUGCUCCAAUGCAUCACCAGUAAUGAAAUGUAUUACUGCUUGAAGAAACAUAAUUGCUGAUGUUUGCAUGCAAUAGCCCAGGCUAUGACUACUAUUUAUUUGUAUGAUACGUCAAGUUUCAAUUGUAUUUCAAAGACAAAAUAAAGAAGUAAUUGUACUUUACAACUUCUGUGAUACUGUACACCUGCAUAAAUAAAUGUGCAGCUGUUAAAACAGGCAGCCGACACACGCGAACACACAUGCAGACCUGUACAGUGCAUUGCUAUGUAAAGAUGUUUUGUGCUGCAAUGAUAGAAGAGAAAAAAAAGCACUUUAAUAAAUGUUUAAUCACCGGUUCAGACUCGGAUUCUGUACAUGACUCAAAAAUAAUUAGGCUGUUUGGAAACAAGGAUAUUUCACAUGUAAAUAUAUUUUAGAAGAAAAAAAACUGUUUCAUGCAGCAAAGAUAAAGACAAGACAGAUGAGACCUGUGACACAUGCACCUUUUUUACUUACU